CACACACGCACACACACACACACGCACACACUAACUAAAGACUGUGGAUGAAGUUGAAUACGGCGAGCUCACAGGCGGCAAGAAUCGGGAUACAAAGAACAAGAGAGUCCUGCAGCUGUUUAAGGAGCUAAAAGAGAGAAGCAGGGUCUAAGUGAAGAAAGAAAAAAGGAGGUAGAGGACAGAGGGAGGAGGAGCGAGGCGGCUUGUGGGGGGAGCAGGAAGAGGAGGCCAACUCAUCUGACACAAGCGCAAAAGAGCCAAAGGGACGGGAGACGAUCGGGAGCGGCACCGUGCAACCGCCGCUUGUAAAAGUCCAGAAGACAAGAGCAGGAUUUAAAAAAAAUAAAUAAAAUAGGUCAAAGAUUGCCUGGGAAGUGACCACGUUGACAAAAUAGAAGAAGAAAACUUGCAAAGCACCAAAAUGUCGACGCUGCCAGCCAACAACCGUGAGGAUGUGAACAAUCACAGCUUCUGGAUGCCUGGCAACUACCAGCGCACGGUACGACGCACGGAGGACACCUUCCAGGCGUGCGGCGACCUGGCAACAUGCAUCCAGGAGCGAGCCCGAGUGGAACGUCAGUACGCGAUGCAGCUAAGCGAGUGGAGCAACAAGUGGAAGCCGCACGUGGACUCCAGUCCCCUGUAUGGGUCCCUGCUGAAGGCCUGGCAGUGUUUUCUGUCUUCAACUGACCGUCUGGCGUCUCUGCACGCGUCCAUCUGCCGCUCCCUGGUGACCGAGGAUGCCGAAAGGCUGAGGACUUGGCAGAAGGAUGCUUUCACCAAGAAGAUCUUUGGGGGUUUCAAGGAGGCCCAGGACGCCGAGACCGGCUAUGCCAGAACACAGAAGCCUUGGACCAAACGCCUCAAAAAGUUGGACAAAGCCAGGCGGGCGUACCACAAGGCGAGCCGCAAGGAACAUGUCGCCCGGGAGCGCGAGUCGCAGGCACGAGCCAAUCAGAACAUGGCGGCGGACAAGCAGAAGAAGAUUCAGGAAGACCGAGAGAUAGUGCAGCAGGAGACACACAAGGUGCGAGCCCGCUAUGAGAAAGUACUGGAGGAGACCAAUCGCUACGCCCCUCGCUACAUGGAGGAGAUGGAGGCCAUCUUUGAGCAGUCACAGGAGGAGGAGCGCAAGAGGAUUGUCUUCCUCAAGCAAGCCCUCCUCUCUUUCAACAAGCACCUCGACGUCACCGCCAACGAUAGCGCAAAGGAAGUUUACAGCCAGCUACGCGAGACGGUGGCGGCCAUCGACGAGCUCGAGGACCUCCGGUGGUGGAAGAACACGCACGGGCCCGGCAUGCCCACCGAUUGGCCGCACUUCCAGGAAUGGAUUCCUGAGAAAAAAAACAAAAAAGGGAAGGAGGUGGUUGGAGAGAAAGUAACAUUAGAGAAGAGCGCAAAGAUUAUCGGUGUGAGAGUGAGAGCCUUGUAUGACUACGUCGGCCAGGAAACGGAUGAACUCUCCUUCAAAGCUGGCGAAGAGUUCUUGAAGACAGAGGAAGAGGACGACCAAGGAUGGUGUAGGGGGGUGAAGGACGGUGGCCUGGAGGGACUUUAUCCCGCUAAUUACGUGGAGGUGGUUUAGUGGGAAAAAUCAUAUUUAAUUGAGUUGAUAAUUUGUCUCCUGUGGAUGUUUGGUUUGUAAAAACAAAUGCUGUACAAAAAAGUAGCUGUUAGCCAAAGAUCUGUGAACAUUUUAACAUGCAGAGAUUACGAUUUUUGUUUUCUAGAAGAUUAACCAUAGCGAUCACAAAUUUUUCCUUUCAUGAGGAAAUUCCGUUCCAAAGUUCUAUUCCGAAGUUAGGUUUUGUCACAAAUGUUGAGUGUGUGUUAUGAAGUUACAUCACAAAGUUUCACCACAAAAUCACGUCAAAAACGGUGUGUGAUGAAGGUAUGUUGCAAAUAUGUUACGAAUCUAUAUUUUGGCCGCAUGCUACAAAGGUACAUUAUGAAGUAACGUUUUGAAGCUGCAAUAGAAGUUUGUUUCUAAUGGACGCUUCAAAUGUACAUCAUUGAAUUCACAUUACUACAGUACGUUAUGAAGGUACAUUAUUUCAAGCACAUUUGUGAUGCUAACGAGUGCCAAGCUGUUAGUUUAGCAAGGAAUACCACUUUUGGAAAACGUGUUCCUUUAAAUAUAUAUCUAUAAAUCGUAUCUGUUACUUUAUGAAUGUCUAUGUAUAAGAAAGUUGCAUUCCGCUUUGGUCUUAACCACUAGGCUAUGUGUGUGUAAACCCCCAACUAUUUUUUUUUUUUUUAGGAAAUAAACUUAUGAAACGCC